CAGAGGGCCUCGCCCGAAGCGGGGCUGGUCCUGCCAUUGGGCUGUGUGGAGUCGCGCCGCUUCCACCCACGCAGAGUGCUGAGGCUAGGCCACAAACUCGCUCGCCAUGUCCGCUGCGGAGGCGAGUGGUGUUUUCCACCGAGCCCGGGGUAGGACCCUGGACGCGUUUCCCGCAGAAAAGGAAAGAGAAUGGAAAGGUCCGUUCUACUUCAUUCAAGGUGCAGACCCACAGUUUGGCUUGAUGAAGGCCUGGUCCACCGGGGACUGUGACAGUGGUGGUGACGAAUGGGAACAGGAGAUCCGUCUAACUGAGCAAGCUGUCCAGGCCAUCAAUAAGCUGAACCCCAAGCCCAAAUUCUUUGUUCUGUGUGGCGAUCUCAUUCAUGCCAUGCCAGGGAUGCCCUGGCGGAAGGAGCAGACGGAGGACCUGCAGCGAGUGCUCAGGGCAGUCGACAAGGAGAUUCCACUGGUCAUUGUCAGCGGCAACCACGAUGUGGGCAAUGUCCCCACGGCCGAGACCAUCAAGGAGUUCUGCCAGACCUGGGGAGACGACUACUUCAGCUUCUGGGCCGGGGGCGUCCUGUUCCUGGUCCUCAACUCCCAGUUCUUGUAUGAUGCCUCCAGGUGCCCUGACCUGAAACAGGCUCAGGACCAGUGGCUGGACCAGCAGCUGAACAUUGCGAGACAAUGGCAGUAUCAGCACGCCAUUGUCUUCCAGCACAUCCCAUUGUUUCUGCAAAGCAUUGAUGAGGACGAUGACUACUUCAACCUCACCAAGUCUGUCCGGAAAGAGGUGGCAGACAAGCUCAUCAAAUCAGGUAUCAAAGCUGUGUUCUCAGGUCACUACCACAGGAAUGCUGGGGGCACCUACCAGGACCUCGACAUGGUGGUGUCAUCUGCCAUUGGAUGCCAGCUGGGCAGAGACACCCAUGGGCUCCGGAUCGUGGUGGUCACUGCUGAGAAAAUCAUUCACCGAUACUACAGUUUAGAGGAGCUGAGUGAGAAAGGAAUAGAAGACGAUCUCAUGGAUCUGAUGAAGAAAACAUGAUGGCCCUUUGUGAUCAAUUACCUUUCACUUCCACUCUUUUUUAUUUUGCCAGAAACAGCAACUGCACACAGCUCCUUCCUGAAAUAUAAAAGUAGUCUAGGCAGGUUUGUGAAUGUGUGUCCUACCACAUAAAUCAGUAGACUGGGUCCAAUCCUGAAUUAUAUUCUAAAUAGAACUGCAUUCCCUCUAAAAAGGAGAGAGCGAACCUGGAAAUAAUUUUUUAAAUGAUAAUAAACUAUCUCUGCAUAAGCGUUUGAAUAGAUUCUCCUAAUUGUAUGUUUCUCAGCCCUGCUUCUGAAUUAGAUUGUUUUCUGGUAACACAUUUUCAAUAUCUACCUGUCAACCUCAAUUUCAACCUGAUAUCCAGGUGUAUCUUUGAUAAUUCCUUGAACAAACUGCAUCUGAUUGUAUUAAAUUGGGGUCAUGAUUCCAAAAAUGCUAGACAAAACAGGUCAUUUCCUUGCCUUCCUAACAAACAACUGUCUUUCCUAUUACCAGAGCCUUGCAGACUCAUUUCAACAGGGAGCCAAGUAGCCAAACAUUGACUGUUAAAUUCCAAGACAUCUUUUAUUACUGAUGAUAGGAACAGAAUAUACUUGAUACAAGUUAGAGCUUGAAUUUGCCUUCCUGGCAUCUGGAAAAGUCACCUUUGCAAUGUGAGUUGGCCAUUUAUGAAAAUCUCAUCAAAGAGAUACACCAAGACCCUAGAACACCCCCCAUGCAGUCUCCACAGCACAUUUUGGGUUUGUUCACAACCACAUUCUGGCACUGUAGCAACUCAGCAGAUGGAAGGUCUCGUGGAGUCAGAAUUCCCCUCCAUUUAUGAGACACUGUGUCUACUUUAACAGAAAAAAGCAGAAAUCUAUGUAGAGUUCUCAAAAGAAACAAAGCAGGAAUUCUGGUGGCACAAAAACUAUGCUUUCAACCACAUUAUCUAAAUUGACACCAACUCUGAUUAAAUGCACCAGUACAAUAUCCCUUGUAGGUUAUUUAAAAAUAAGCAUUUUUUUAAUGCAAUCUACUUUACUAUGCCUUCUCAGCAGCUUCUGACCACUGCGUAAUUUUAUCUUUUUCAGCAGUUGUCCUGAUGGACAAGUAACCUAGAUACUCCAAUCCUGGCAGGAGCAUUUUACGGCAUUAUGCAACAGUGUUCAAUAGUCCUAAAAUGACUUUUAAAACUGACUGAUUACCAAUGAACUGCAAAGUCUAUUAAAUUAAAAGACUUUCUUGUUAAAAACUUUUAGUCAGUGUAGCAAAACCAUAAGAAAUUAAAUAGAAAGAUAAUUAAAUAUGUAAAUUCAUAAGGAACAAAAGACAAGAAGUUAAUUAUGUGAUAGAUUGGUGACACACCAUAGCUCAUUGUUAUGGCAGAAGAAAAUUAAAAUUUUUCAAAACUA